AUGUCUGUCCACACCUUCGAGGAACGAUAUGGUCAUGGCCAUAUACGGCGUCAUUCGUCCGUGCUCAGCGAGAAGACUCCCCCUCUAUCGCCACGACGCAAGCCUCUCAGAAGCCAAAGCACUCGAGUGAGCAACGGGACCAUCAACACAGAUAUGAGCGUUUCGUCGGGGCAGGCCUCGCAGGUCUCGCAGACGACGAACGUGACAGUGCCGCCCUCAUACUCGAAGAAGUUCGUCGUCGUUGGGGACGGCGGCUGCGGCAAGACCUGUCUAUUAAUUAGCUAUUCCCAGGGAUACUUCCCAGAGAAAUACGUGCCUACCGUGUUUGAAAACUACAUCACUCACACCGUACAUAACCCGUCAGGGAAGGGAGUCGAGUUGGCUCUAUGGGAUACAGCAGGACAGGAAGAAUACGACAGACUGCGCCCGCUAUCCUACCCAGAGACCGACCUCCUUUUCGUCUGCUUCGCUAUCGACUGUCCGGUCUCGCUGGAGAAUGUCAUGGACAAGUGGUACCCCGAAGUCCUCCAUUUCUGCCCUACCACCCCUCUCAUCCUCGUGGGCCUAAAAUCCGACCUCCGCUCCAACCGUACCUGCAUCGACUUCCUCAAAGCCCAGGGCCUGACCCCCGUCAGUCCACAACAGGGCCAGGCAGUGGCCGAGCGAAUGGGCGCCACCUACGUCGAAUGCAGCAGCAAGCAGAUGCUCGGUGUCGACGAGGUAUUCGAACUCGCCGUGAACACCGUCAUAGGCAUCGAAGAGAACGCCUGGAACUCAAAGGACUCGUCCAGGUCCAAAGGCGGCAAGAAGGUGAAGAAGAGAAGUUGUAAGCUCCUUUAG